CAUCAUUAUUACCGACACAGUACUGUGCAGAGUUAGUGUACAAUGAAUAAUGGGAAAUCUAAAAGAGUUUUGGAGGCGCCUGACGGCGGUUGGGGCUAUAUGAUUGUGGUGGCUGUUGUUAUUCAUUUGGUAAUAUUUGAAACCUUCACCAAGCACCAUAGUGUAUUAUACAAGGAUCUUUAUGUGCAAGUGAAUAUGGACGCUUCAGCCAUCGCUUCAUUGGAUAAACUUACUCCAGUUAUCUUUGCUAUAUCAGGUUUCACGACAAGCUCUCUUCUAAAACUGAUGUCAAUCAGAAAGUUGGCGCUGCUGGCCGCGACGGUACUGAGUUGCGGGCAAGUGACUGCCAAGUUUAUUGAAAAUACGGCGCUUUUGUUUAUUACUCAAGGAGUGAUACAGGGCCUUACAACUGGAAUACUAUUCAACAUUUGCUUCACUGUGAUCAUCCAAUACUUUGAUAAAAGGAGAUUAUUAGCAGUUAGUAUCGUGUAUUCUAUAACAACUGCCAUAACUGCUCUAGUGUCUCCAAGAGUUAUAAGAUGGUCUCUGGACAGAUUCGGAGGACACGGCGCCAUACUUUUUUUAUCUGCUGUUACUAUGAACACCAUUCUUGGAGCUUGUCUGAUGCAACCGGUUUCAAUGCACAUAAAGAAGGUUCACUUACCUGAAACAAGAGAAAUAGAAUUGAAAGUAUUAUUAAAUGAUAAGGAAGUACAAAUGAGCCAAACAGGGGAAUUAAUGAGAAAAUUGAAAUCAAAUAAAGACUGGAGGAAAAAGCUGAUUGACAAAUUUCUUGGUGAUUACAUGGACAUAAUGAUCAGAAAGAAGUUUCUACUGUCAAUCGCACCCCUGGGGCUGGCGCUGGCGGGGUUCGCUGACGCCACAUUCAUCACCAUGCUCCCACGGGCCUUGAGGCAAAUGCGCUGGAACGCGACUCAAAUAUCAUGGGCAAUUUCUCUGCAAGAAUACGGGGACUUUUUAACUAAAAUAAUAUUCGUGGUGACUAGCCACUGGAUAAACAAGUUUAGCAGACGAGAACUAUAUGUAGCGGGCUUGGUAAUUGCGUUAUUUGCACGAAUUGGAAUGCUGUGGUCGGAUAAUCCUACAAUAAUGCUGAUUUUCCUAACAAUGAUGGGUAUACCGAGAUGCAGUAUUAUCUUACUAGCACCACUGGUGGUCGCUGAGGCUGUGGGAGUAGAGAAGUUUAGUGCAGCAUUUGGAAUAGUCAUGCUGAUGUCGGGGAUAACGAAUUUUGUCCUCACUCCGGUGAUGGAUUCAGUGUUGGGUUUGACGGGGAACUAUCCCACAGUUUUCUACAUUUUGGCAUCGUUCUACGGAAUCAUUCUCAUGUUCUGGUCCAUAGAACUACUUUAUAAGAAGAAUAAACACAAGUGGGUUAUAAAGUGAGAUUUAUCGACGAACUAAAGCUUAUGAAUAAAUUUUAUAAAAUAUAAA